UUUUCUCUCAGGAGGCAGGUGUGGCUAUGGGAUGCGGACUGGGGGGGGGGGGUGAUUUGGAAAUGGGACUCUGUGAACUGGGCGUGGACCUCAAGACAGUCGCCAGACCCGCCCCCUCAGCUCCAUUGGCCACUUGGGUGCAGAAAAGACCCGCGGACAGGGGCCACCGGAGUGUCACCCGACUGGCUGGGGCUCUACUAGUGCUGUGUGUUAGGACUGACCUGGGACGCUCUCCUCCGCUUCAGGCCCUGAGACUCCGGCAGUCAGUGGGGCAUCUCGCUCCCGGCUUCCUCCCCCGACACCGGGGGAGGCGGCGUGUCCGGCGGAGGGUUGUGGGGCACGGGGCAGGGCUGGAGCGCCAUGAGCAGCCCGGAUGCGGGGUACGCCAGUGACGACCAGAGCCGGAGCGCGUUGCCCGCCCUGAUGGCCGGGCUGGGCCCCUGUCCCUGGGCCGAGUCUCUGAGUCCCUUGGGGGACAUGAAGGUGAAGGGCGAGGCGGCAGUGAGCAGCGGGGCACCGACCGGGACGGCCGGUCGAGCCAAAGGCGAGUCCCGUAUCCGGAGGCCAAUGAACGCCUUCAUGGUGUGGGCCAAGGACGAGCGCAAGCGCCUGGCGCAGCAGAACCCCGACUUGCACAACGCUGAGCUGAGCAAGAUGCUGGGCAAAUCGUGGAAGGCUCUUACCCUGGCAGAGAAGAGGCCCUUCGUGGAGGAGGCGGAGCGGCUGCGCGUGCAGCACAUGCAGGAUCACCCCAACUACAAGUACCGGCCGCGGCGCCGUAAGCAGGUGAAGAGGCUCAAGCGGGUGGAGGGCGGCUUUCUGCACGGCCUGGCCGAGCCGCAGGCGGCCGCCUUGGGACCCGAGGGCAGCCGCGUGACCAUGGACAGCCUGGGCCUGCCCUUCCCGGAGCAGGGCUUCCCCGCCGGACCGCCGCUGCUGCCCCCACACAUGGGCGGCCACUACCGCGACUGCCAGGGCCUGAGCGCCCUUCCACUCGACGGCUACACGCUGCCCACGCCCGACACCUCCCCGCUGGACGGCGUGGAGCCCGACCCGGCCUUCUUCGCCGCGCCGCUUCCCGGGGACUGCUCCGCAGGGCCCUACAGCUAUGCGCCAGCCUCGGAAUACGUUGGGGCCCCGGAGCCGCCUGUCGGCCCCCCGCACUCAAGGCUGGGCCCCGAACCCGCCGGCGCCGCCAUGCAGGGCCUCCUGGCGCCCCCCAGCGCCCUGCACAUGUACUACGGCGCCAUGGGCUCGCCCCCCGCGGCCGGAGGGCGCGCGUUCCAGAUGCCCCCGCAGCACCACCCUGCGGGCCCCGGGCAGCCGUCGCCCCCUCCCGAGGCGCUGCCCUGCCGGGACAGCUCGGACCCCAGUCAGCCCACCGAGCUCCUCGGGGAAGUGGACCGCACGGAAUUUGAACAGUAUCUGCAUUUUGUGUGCAAGCCUGAGCUGGGUCUCCCCUACCAGGCGCAUGACUCGAGCGGGAAUCUCCCCGACAGCCACGGGGCUCUCUCCUCGGUGGUGUCCGAUGCCAGCUCUGCAGUCUACUACUGCAACUAUCCUGACGUUUGAUCAACCCACCUGCCGGCCAGAAGAGCAGUGUUAGCCCACUUCCUGGAGGGGCGAAGGCAAGCCUCCUCUAUGUGUGUUUUUUGUUUUAAGUUGCCUCGGCAUAUAAUUUAUGGUAAUUUAUUUUGUCUGCCACUUGAAUAGUUGGAAGGGGAGGAAAAUGAGGCUGUGUUGUGCAGAUAACUUGUUUACCAGUACGUUGUGUUGCGUUGUCAAAGCCCCUACUUCUGCCUUCAAGUUUACCAGUUUUGACUGUGGUCCAGAACAACUAGUGCCGUUUUAUGGAACAUUUUUAAUCAAAGAAAUUGUUACCCCGGGUGUGUGUGGGUUUUUUUUCAAUCUUUUACAUAAUAAAAUCUGGAAUCUUACUUUGCCACUCUGCUAGUGCCUCCUGUCACAAAAGCCAGUGUUAAGUAUUAGUACAUUGGGACUAUCUCAGUGGUAUUUAGUUCGUGGUUACUGUCAAUUUUCUUUUUGUAUUACUGUAAGCAUAGAUAGUUGCAAGAAAUUCUAUAAAAAGAAGAAGAAAAAGAAGAAAAGCACACUAGAAUAUCCAAGUUUGAUUUGAUGGUUUUGUCUCUAAAAAGUAAAAGCGAAUCUUAAAUAUU